AUGGCAGUGCUUUCGGAAGAGAUUUUUCUUAUUGCUGAGAAGUCUGGCAAUGACAGACCCCGUAUCAUGAAUCCUCUUUCGUUCCGAGGUGCGUCCGUGCUGAUCCUGGUGUGUGUGGUGUCCGCCGCGCCGCAAGGAUACGGUUCCGGAGGCGACGAUGGGCUGGGAGUCGAUCUCCGCGGCAGCGGUGUUGGAGGCGGAAGUGUGCUUCCUGGUGUCUUCGUCGGUACUGGCGUGCUUCCUGAAAGUGCCUUUGGUGGCGUAGCUGGAGGUGUCUCCGGUGGCGCUGCUGGAGGUGUCAUCGGUGAGGAAUACAGUGCACCAGGUGCCGGUGCUGCGGGAGGAUUUGACGCUGGCGUCGCUGGAGGCUUCGACACUGGAGUUACUGGAGGUUUCGACACUGGGGUCGUUGGAGGCUUCGACACUGGGGUCGCUGGAGGCUUCGACACUGGGGUCGCUGGAGGCUUCGACACUGGGGUCGCUGGAGGCUUCGACACUGGAGUCGCUGCAGGUUUCGACACUGGGGUCGCUGGAAGCUUCGACACUGGCGCCGUAUCCGACGAAUACAGCGCACCAGGCGUCGACGCUGCUCCCGUUGGCGCAGUCGACACCGGCCUCGUUAGCGGCAACACCAUCCCUCAGGACGCCAUUCGCUCCCUGCCCGGCCAGGCCGCUCCCGCCGACGAGUAUGUAGGCCCUGCACACUAA